AUGAAAACUUUUAUGAUCAUGAUUGUUCUGGUGACGAUUUUAGAUGCAGUUCUAGUGAAUGCACAGAUAUCGAAUGGAACUAUUAAGCUUGAAGCAGGAAAUAGUUGGUAUUUAUGUUCAACAGAGCCAACUAGUAUAUUAAAUUACUCGGUUACAACCCAAAACAUAGAAUCUCUCACUCCAACAGUGGGUUUUGGAUUUGUCCUAACCCAAAAUUUUGUUACUCCUCCAACUAAUUGUACGAAUGGUAUUAUAACUAAUAUUCUAUCGGCGGCGGUAAUUCUUGAGAGUCUUGGGAAUAGCGCAAACUUUGCUUCUCAAAAGCAGUUGUCAUGUACUGAUCAAUGUGUUGAGUAUUGCGAUGGAAACACUACAAGUCUUCAAAGUAAUAAUUGGUGUGUUCUAGUAACAAAUCCUAUAACAGUCCCCACACUCUUCUAUACUACAAUAACUUUCAAAGACCCACCUCCACCUCCACCUUCACCAUCUUCACCACCAUCAAAUGAGGGGGAUGGAAAGAUUAUAUGGAAUAGAGAGCUUGUUUUUUGUACUGUAUUAAUAUGGAUUGUUGGACAUUUUCUCGAGAUUAGAUAUCUCGUUACAGUCUCCACACAACAAUUGCAAGGGACUCCAAAUUUUGGCUAUUUCAUCAAUAACCAUAAGUUUUAUGAUACAUCCGAACCAUGUACAGAGGGUAUACUCGCUAAUGCAAUGCCAGCAGUUAAUCUCUUGGAAGACAUGAGCUUAAAUACGACGUUCUAUUCCUGGAAUGCGGUUUCAUGUUACCAAGACUGCGUGACAACCUGUCCGAAAACUGAUAAUGAUGGAUUGAACUAUACAACAUGGUGUUUGUUAGUAAGCAAUAUUAAAAACACAGUUGACUAUGUUAACAUCACUCUGUCGUUUGAUUCUCCAUCUGCCAGCACAAGCUUGCCAGGAACUGUACCAGUAUACAACUCUGGGAGUAAGGAAACUGUGUUGAGUGUUUGGUUUCUUACUGCUUUUGGUUUAACGGGAAUUCUUGGUGGAUUGGGAUUAUUUAUACUGUGA